AUGGCCGAGCAACCCCAGUUGACGCUGUACCGAGGGUUUCCCGGAUCCGACGAAUAUACCUGGUCGCCCUUCGUCACAAAAAUUGAGCUUCGUCUACGAUUUUCUGCUCUCAAAUAUUCUAAGCAGGCCGGUUCGCCUCGUGAUGGUCCUCGUGGCAAAAUUCCAUACCUUACACUCGCGCAACCCGAUGGAUCGGAAACGCAAACACUUUCCGACUCAAGUCUUAUGAUCAGAAAUCUUGUUGAGAAAGGGUUAAUCGAAGAUUUAAAUGGAUCCUUGAGUCCCCGGGCAAGGACACACGACCUAGGAUUGCGUGCCUUACUAGAAGAACGGCUAUAUUUCCUAACGUGUCAUGAAAAAUGGUUCGAGAAUUACUAUACCAUGCGAGAUCACGUCCUAGGAUCGAUACCUUACCCGUUGCGUGUCGGAGUAGGGUUGUUGGUGUAUCGAAAUAUGGCCCAGACACUCUAUGGCCAAGGAACACUUCGCUUCACGGAUGAUGAGAUUGCCUCGAUGCGACGAGACAUCUGGGAAGAGAUAAGCUCAUUGCUUAUCUCUUCAAAGUCUGCAUCAAAGAACGCAGAACAAAAUCAGGUCUUCUGGCUGCUUGGUGGAGAUACACCGACUGAAGCAGAUGCGGUCUGUUUCGGCUUUAUUGUUGCGGCUUUGACUUCUACCGCGUGUCCCAAGGCGCAGAAGGUUGUCAAGAGUCUGCCCGUUGUGGUCGAAUAUGCGCGCCGUAUUCAUGAUCGAUUCUUCCCUGAAUAUAUGCUUUGGGAGUGA